CCGUCAUGGCUACCAAAACACGAGCUUUACGCCAUACACACCGAUCCGCCGCCCGCUUCCGUUCAGAAGAGCCGAACACUCUACCACGGUCCUGGAUAUCGCCUAAGACGCUGCCCUCGGAACUAUUUACACUCCGGAACGGUCUGAUUUGUGCCUAACAUCGCCUAGGUGCUCCAGUUCCCUUCACAUUGAUGCUUUGUGCACUUGCCUUUUCCGCAACACCCGGGAACUCAAAUGCAACGAUCACCGAGCCGGAUGCGUUCGGUGUCAUCCGUUCUAAUGGAACGCUAAAUAUUCAGGUGGAGUAAAUGUGCCGCAGAGGCACCUAUAAAAUCCGUUCCUCCAGCUGGUCAGCGCUGAACGCGUGUGGAGAUUGUUUGUAACUGUCACAUUGUAUCAUUCUCGUUAGAACGCUUAAUUGUUAGAGUUUAACCCUAGUGGAAUGAGCAUAUUGUGUUCAGAACGUUUCAUUCUUACAUUUAACAGCUCAAAAUGAGCCUUGUGUUUAUAAGGUUUGUUACAUUUAACAAUGCAGAACGAGUACUCAUAGUUUAGAACGUUUGUUUGUUACAUUUUAACAACAUAGAAUGAUACAUUUUGUGUUUAGAACAUUUAAUGGUUACAUUUUAACAGCGCUUAAUGGGCGUCGUUGUGUCUAGAACGUUUAAUUUUUACUUCUCAAAAGCGCGAAAUGAGGGUAGUUGUGUUUAGAACGAUAAUUUGCUACAUUUUAACAGCACAGAAUGCCUAUUAGUAUAGAACGUGUAAUUGUUACGAUUUAACGGCAGAGAAUGACCAUUGUUGGUUUAGAACGUUUAAUUGUUACAUUUGAAAAGCGCUUAAUGAGUGUGGUCAUGUUUUGAACGUUUAUUUUUUACUUUUUAAUAGCGCGGAAUGAGCGUUGUUGUGUUUAGAACAAUUACUUGUUACAUUUGAACAGCAUAGAAUGCGAAUGGAUAGUUUAGAACGUUUGAUUGUUACAUUUCACCGCACAGAAUGAGUAUUGAUGGUUUGGAACGUUUAAUUGUAACUGUAACAGCUGGAGAAGUGAACGGAGCAGCCCACCGGGGUCUGGCUUAAAUAUUAAACAAAUGACAGAGGAGGAGUCGGUGCACAUAAAGGGAUGUGAACGGAGCUUUGGACUCAUUGUGUUCGUUUCUCAGAAAGGACUUUUGCUGGAAGUCCUGUGGCGUUAUCAUUACGAGUGUACUCUCAUAACAGGAUUUGGGCAUUAUCGAUCGGAUUAUGAGUGAUCAUCCAUGCAAAGCUCUGUCCACGCGCGUGAAGAGAUUGUGUAGCGUCCACUUGGUUGGCUUUUUCUUACAAAUCUUUGAAAAACUCUAGAGGGGAUUCAUUUUUUAUUCUUUUGAUUCACACAUUCGGACGCAUAUGAUAAACGAGUUCUAUAGGAACGGCAUUUGCAUCCGCUCCGUAUAGGAUGCACUCCGAAAGCAAUGAGAACACUGCAGAAGGAGGUAGUCUGGAGGAAUCGACUCCUGAACCGCAAGCUGGACAGAAUGAACAGUCCUCUCCCUCCACCAUGGAGCCAAACCCAGAGACAGAGCAAUACGAGGAACCGGAGCAUAAAAUCGCGCCGGAUGAUAGCACGGUGCAGCUGAUACAGACAGGCAAGCGUCCGGCGACGCCGCCCGCCCCCACCGCGGAACACCCGGGACCCGCUUUCGUGCCGCCCGAGGGCGGGUUCGGCUGGGUUGUAGUGUUCGCCGCUACUUGGUGCAACGGCUCGAUUUUCGGGAUACAGAAUUCAUUCGGUAUUCUGCACAUGAUGCUGCUGAAGGACCACGAAGACCUCACGGACCAGACGUCUCAGUUUAAAGUGGCAUGGGUCGGAGCGUUGGCAAUGGGGAUGAUAUUUUUCUGUUCUCCUGUGGUCAGUAUGUUUACCGAUCAUUUCGGCUGCAGAAAGACGGCCGUCUGCGGAGCAUUUGUGGCCUUCAUUGGUCUUCUCACCAGUUCCUUUGCAAUCACACUGGGUCUUCGAUACUUCACAUAUGGAAUACUGUUCGGCUGUGGCUCGUCGUUUGCAUUUCAGCCUUCUCUGGUGAUCCUGGGGCAUUAUUUCCGGCAAAGACUGGGGCUCGCCAACGGCGUGGUGACGGCGGGCAGCAGCCUCUUCUCUAUGGGGCUUCCUGUGCUGCUUAAGAAAGUGGUGGGACCUCUGGGCCUCGCUAGAACAUUCCAGGUCCUCAGUAUCUUCAUGCUGGUCCAGUCGCUGCUAGCCCUCACCUUCCGCCCGCUAAUGCCCAGUGGAAUGUGUCCGAUGCCAGGCAUGGGUAUGGAGGGAGGUCCCCCGUCUGGCUUGGAGUCAGCGAGCAAGUGGCAGAGGUGCCUGGUGAAAGUGAGGAAGUACUUUAAUGUACGUGUGUUCAGCGUGUUGACCUAUCGGGUGUGGGCUUUCGGCGUCGCCACGGCGGUGCUGGGAUAUUUUGUGCCGUACGUACACCUGAUGAAUUUUGUGAAGGAGCAGUUUGGAGACACUCAGAGGGAGUGGGUUCUGCUCGUGUGUAUAGGAGCGUCGUCUGGGGUCGGUCGACUGCUGUUUGGGAAGGUUGGAGACCUCAUACCAGGAGUGCAGAAAAUCUACAUGCAGGUGGCCUCAUUCAUACUGCUAGGCCUGAUGUCCAUGCUUAUACCUCAGUGUGCUGUGUUUGAAGGUCUUGUGGUAGUUUUCGUGUUAAUGGGUCUUUGUGAUGGCUGUUUCAUCACUAUCAUGGCCCCCAUUGCCUUUGAAUUGGUAGGGCCCAUGCAGGCAUCUCAAGCUAUUGGCUACCUCCUCGGCCUCAUGGCCAUACCAAUGACAGCUGGACCACCAAUCGCAGGACUUCUUCACGACUAUUUUGGCAACUACCACGUGGCGUUUUAUCUGGCUGGUGUCCCGCCGGUGGUUGGGGGUAUCGUAAUGUUUUUUGUACCUCUGGUGCAUUGGCGCAUGCAAAGAAGGCGAAAAGAGGCAAACGACCCGAGUAUGGACAAGAUGUUGACAAACUGCUCAAAUGGAGACAUGCUGCCGGGAUACACCGACAUGGAGACACACAUAUGAAGCCCACUGCCAAACAAAGGGAUUAAUCUCACCAGCACUGCUCUUGGUGUGUGUGUGUGUGUGUGUGUGUGUGUGUGUGUGUGUGUGUGAGAGAGAGAGAGAGAGAGAGAGAUGGUGUAUGAUGUUUGAUUUGUUUGGCUCUAUUCAAAUACGUGGUCUCGAGGCUUUCUCCCCCUUGUCUUCUCUUCUGGAAAAAAGACCUUCUUCUAUCAAAGACUAUAAACCCUGUCAUUUUCGCCGGCUCCUGAAUGAUUAAAGAACUUUCACAGGCUGGUUUGCGUUGAAAUCACCACCAACUCCAGCUGGUGUUCCUCACAGGGAGCUGAGCGGAAAAAGACAGCUGAACGCAGACCCCAGGUGGUGCCGGAACGCGGCCCCCAGUAAAACCAGGAAAGUGAAUACUUUAUCACCUUUUAAAAUGACACGAAUACUUUGUAUUAAUUUGUUGCAAAAGAGAAGCGUGCAUUUCCAGCACAAUAAAAGUGCUGUUUUAAAGAUUUAUUAAAAUUACACUUAAUAAAUCUUUAUUUCCAUUUAUUUUGUGCUAGAUUAUACAAAUCAGACUUGUAUGAUUUAGAUGUUUCCAAAAUAAGAAUUUCUUUUUCACUUUACACUUUGAAUUUGAUUUUAAAGCUGAGGUAUGUAAUGUUUUUAUGUCAAAAUACUUUCUCCUAUCCCAAACUAAAGGAAUAUUCCGGGUUCAAUACAAGUUAAGCUCAAUCAAGCCAGCAUUUGUGGCAUAAUUACCACAAAAAAUUAUUUUGACUCGUUCCUCCUUUUCUUUAAAAAAAAGCAAAAAUCAAAGUCACAGUGAGGCACUUACAAUGGAAGUCAAUGGGGCCAAUUUUUUACCACUAAAAUAUUCACUGUUUCAAAAGUAUAGACACAAGACAUAAAGGAUAUGCGUGUAAACAUGAUUUUAGUGUGAUAAAAUCACUUACCUUUUCUGUGUAAAUUUGUAGCCAAUUUUACAACUUCGUUGCCAUGACGAUGCAAUAUCAACAAACCCUAAAUCUCUAAACCGACUGUAAAAAUGACAAUUUCAACAACUUUACAUCUUAAAUAAUACACGAGUUUUAACAAAAGAAUUAAUGUAAGUGCUUUUAUAAAAUUAUAGGCUUCACAUUUCUGCCUUUAAACCCUCCAAACAUUGGCCCCAUUGACUUCCAUUGUAAGUGCCUCACUGUAACCUCCAUUUUUUAUUUUUUAUUUUUAUUUUUUUUAAAGAAAAGGAGGGACAAGUCUAAAUUAAUUUGUGUCGUAAUCAACAUUAUGCCACAAAUGCUGUCGAUUGAGCUUUACUGUAUUGAACCCGGAAUAUUCCUUUAAUAUGCAGAGACAGCUGUGAGAUAUUUGUAGGUGGAUUUCCCAGAAAAGCAUAAACGCUGUUGCGCUUUUAAAUCAUUGCUCUGUUUGUUUGAGCAUCCCGACCAGCCCAGCAUAGCAACAUUGACUCAGCCAAGGGGCAUCCGUCCAAUGGAAGACGGGGGGAGUGUUUGGGAAACUUGUUUAGAAAAAGUCAUUAUUUUGUGAUUACAUUUGCUAGUUGUGAUAAAGUACACACUUCACCUUUAUGGAAACUUUUAUGAGACAAAUUAAGUCUAUCUUUGUGCACUUUCUGCUAUGAACUUUGAUAACCUCAGCCGUGAUUUUUUUUACCGCAACUGUGUAUCGCCUGUGAAUUAUGUAGAAAACUAAACGAGGACUCAUUUUUAUGAUUUGUUUCAAAAGCGUAUCCUUUAUCCUUAAUUAUAUCUGAUAAAUGUAGUAAAUUGAUAAUCAGCUAUGCAGUAAGAAGUACACAAACUGUGCCAUGACCACUGAGCCAGACAACAUCUAAAGGAUCCAUUGAGCUAGGAAUCAGUUUUCCUGUAAACCUGCAGGAAUCCUCAUCAGACCGUAAUCACUACAUUUAAAUAGGUUUUCUAAUUCUAUGUAUUUGUGGGGUUUUUCCCUCAUUUGACUCCCAUUUGUUGUGUUUUUUCAGAAUGAAUCACUUAAUUGUUUCACGUUUUUCAUUUUUCUUUGUGCAUUUUGACUUGAGUGGAAUGGACUCUCAUGAAGACAAUCAAAGUGUGAUUUGAACUGAAACUAUGAAGACACUAUAAAAAUGUCAAAUCUGUGAUUGUGUUAAAGAAAAACCACAUUGUAGUAUUACACAAAGUGGGCCAUGUUUAUGAGUAUUAACCAGUUAUUAUGUGAAAUAGUGACGUUUGAUCUCAAAUGAUUUCAUGUUUUCUUAUUGGUCGAUAACAACCGUACAACACCAUGUCUAUGUGUUUGGUAAGAGCAGUCAUUCAUUUUUUUCUCCACAUUAGCUCUGUUCCAAAACCUUGUGAACUGCCUAGACAGCAUUUUAAGCCAACCUAGAUGUUCUCCAGACGCAAGGCUGUUCUAAAAGGUUGGCAGCAACAUUAAAAACGUACAAUUUUCCCCAAUAUUUGUGUGUGCUAUGUAUUUUUAUGCUGAUUAGAGUCUGUCAUUAGCUUAGCCACAUGCUAACUCAAACUGGUAUCAAUUGUCGAGUCAAGUGUUUUGGAGCACUAUUUUUGUUUCCUACAGAGUUGCUGCCAAUGUUGAAAGUCCCAAAGUUACUUGUGAGGUUUCAUAACAGCUAUGAUGCUGCCUCAUGGGCUGUUCACACCGAAUGUGUUCUUGCACUAUAAAAGACUGCAGAGAACUCAUAUUGAUGUUCUUUUUAACCUGACACAACUCAGUGCUCCUGCGCGAAAUGUAAAAAAAAAAAAACAGCGAGACACGGCGCAGCGGUCAAAAACGUCCAUCUAGCUAAAAAAACGCAGAGAGGUGCAAAAAGGUUUUCGGUGUGAACGGUCCCUUAGAAGGACAACGGGGCAGCUCACUUAGUUUCGGAACAGAGUAGUUUUGGUGCAUUCAAGUCCUCCUGGGAAGUUAAUACUUACGGGGGCGGAAAUCGUAAAUAUGAUGUUCAAGUGAUUUUAGUCGGAAAGAACGGAUCUGUUUUGCAAUUUCAGAUUUCUUUCCCUCUUUUUCACUCACUAGCAAAGGCAGAAAGCUUUUUUGAACCAUUGCAACAAAAUGAAGAGUGAGGCCAUGCAUUAGGCGUGUUGUGCGGCCACAUAUAAUGAUGGAUAUAAUGUAGUUUUGUUGCAAACGCUUUUCGCUCCUUAAACCAGCUAAAUGAGUCUUAUUUCCGUAGUUUUAGCGUUAUUUAUCAUUAACAGUACAAAAAUGCAUACAAACCUAACUGCACACUUACAAUCCUCAAGUAAAACUAAAUUAUUACCAAAAACUAUUUGUAUCCACCAUGCCCCUCAACAUGCCCCCAAAUUGGGAAGUCAGGGCUUGAAGAAGAGUUUCCCACUAAUUCAUAUACGCUUAACUCGCAAAUACGAUCAUUCCGACAUGACUUGAAUGCACCAUUUCUCUCUUUUGCAUGUGUGCUGUCCAUCCAUCGCUCCGUUUGUCAACUUAUUGAACCCAGAAGCCCUUUAAACACCAGUCGCUGUCUGUGUUGUCAUGGAGACCUGUCCUUUAGAACUAAUCAACCUCGGUUCCGGUACAUUUCAGGUACACAUCUCAUUAGAUGGCUGUAGGUUUUAAAAACAAAACAAAGGACAGAGAUGUUAACGAUGUUAAACAAACUGCCUCAAUCAACCCUGUUCUUCAGGUUUAACUAGGUUCCAGCACUUUAAUAGUAAAGCAACAUAAUGUCACAAAAACAUGUUCAGGUCAUAUUUCACUUUAAAUCAAAUCACCAUUUGCUUCCUAAUUUUGAAGCAAAUAAAUGAAGCCUGUUGUAGUUUUGUGUGUGUGUGUGUGUGUUGUUACAUUAUUUUAAUAACAUUUAAGUACACUUCUCCCCAAAAUUGGCAUUACUGUAAUGUGCCAAGAUGUUUCACUCUUUUUUUGAAACAUUUUUUUUUUAACCCCUUUUCUCCCCAAUUUUGAAAUCCUCGUGGUGGCGCGGUUACUCACCUCAAUCCGGGUGGCGGAGGACAAGUCUCAGUUGCCUCCGCUUCUGAGACCAUCAAUCCACGCAUCUCAUCAUGUGACUCGUUGUGCAUGACACUGCAGAGACUCACAGCAUGUGGAGGCUCAUGCUACUCUCCGCGAUCCACUCACAACUUACCACUUGAGAGCGAGAACCACUAAUCGCGACCACGAGGAGGUUACCCCAUGUGACUACCCUCCCUAGCAACUGGGCCAAUUUGGUUGCUUAGGAGUCCUGGCUGGAGUCACUCAGCACGCCCUGGAUUUGAACUCGCGACUCCAGGGGUGGUAGCCAGCAUCAAUACUCGCUGAGCUACCCAAGCCCCAAGAUGUUUCCCUCUUGAAUAACUCAACUAUUAUUUUUAAAUGGGUAAUUCCCAUUAGAUGUUCAUUAGAUACUUUACACUCGAAAAUAUUUUUGCCUAUUUACACAUUUCAGUUUCAUUACAAAAUUCCAUCAAAUUAAAUAGUGUAAUGUCUAACAAAAUUUUAUUGAUAAAACGUAAAAUAUUGAUUGGUUUUUUUUUUUCACGGUAACACUUUACAAUAAAGUUCCAUUUGCUAACAAUAGUUAAUGCAUUAGGUAUCAUGAAUAAACAAUGAACAUAUAUAUUUUUUGCAGCAUUUAUGAAUCUUUGUUGAUGCUAGUUAAUAAAAAUACAAUUGUUCAUUGUUAGGUCAUGUUUGUUCAUAGUGCAUUAACUAAUGUUAACUAUACAGUACAUCCUUUGAUUUAAAAAAAUGUAUUAGCUAACAAAUGGAACCUUACUGUAAAGUGUUACCAAUUUUAUUUGAUUAAAUAUUAGUUAAUUCAGUUUGAUGGAAAUUUGGGUAACACUUUACAAUAGUUAACAUUAGUUAACAACUAGUUAACAUGAACUAACAGUGAACAAUACUUUUACAGCAUUUAUUAAUCUUAAUGUUAAUUUUAACAUAUACUAAUACAUUUAUAGAAUGAAACAUUGUAUUUGUUAUGAGCAGUUAAUGCACUAUGAAGUAACAUGAACUAACAAUGAACAACUGUUUUUAUUAACUAACAUUAACUAAGAAUAAUGAAUGCUGUAAAACAUAUAUUGUUAAUUGUUAGUUCAUGAUACCUAAUGCAUUAACUGAUGUUGACAAAUGGAACAUUAUUUUUAUUUCAACAUAAAAAAUUGAAAUGAGUAAAUCUUAAAAUUAUUUUUUUUUCAUGUAAUACAGUUUAACCGUAAAUAAAAUUGCUGUAAUACAUUUAAUUUUAUUUAAGAAGCACAACUUAAAGACAGUACAACAAAUACUACCAUGAUGCAUGAAUACUUUGCCAUUUUUUAUUUUUUAAAAACUGUUCUUAAAAUAGGUUUAAUUUGCUUUAAGCUAAAUAUAAUUUCUUAUUACUUUCUAUAAUCGGCUGAAAUAUAACCUGGACAUGUUCUUGAUAGGUUUAGUGAGACUCACUCAACUAGAUUGCAAGAUCUUCAGUACUGCGCAAAAAUGGUGACUGGUUAUGUUGACUUAAACAUGCUUGUUUGAGGAGUUAUUAAUUGUAGAUUAAUAGAGCUGAUUGUCUUUAUAGGAAAACAAUGACUCGUGCAUACCUCAGAAGUGUAUUUUACGGUUACGUGCUGACAUCGGUUGAACCCUGCGGUGCAUUUAAUGUGUGUGUUUAUUUGCCUGUGAUUCUCCUGCAGUGAUUGGCAGUGUAUGACUGCAGUGUAAAGUUUUGCAGCCUCAAAUCAAUCAUUCAUGUAUCGUUUCUCUACCUGAACAUGUAAUUUAUAGUGCUGAUCAUGACAAGCCCUGGAACUGGAUCCCUCAGUUUAUUGUACUGUCAUUUGAGUCACUGAGUUUAGAUGCAGAGGUUUUUACUUGUGCCAUGUUUUAUGAUGUGUGUGAGCUUGUACAUGCAUGAAAGACAGGAUGAGAGACAGAUGGACAGACAGACGGAUGGAUGGAUGGAUGGAUAGAUAGAUAGAUAGAAUGUGUGUAUGAUGGAAAGUCUUGCAGAAACUCAGGGAGUGUAGACGUUUUUUUUUUUUUUUUUUUGAUACACCUGCAUAUUAA